AUGGCGUCCGACUCUCAGGAAGCGAUUGUCAUUGUCGGGGCGGGCAUCAUCGGCCUCGAUGUCGCCCUCGUUCUCGCCGAGCGCGGACUCGGACCCCGCAUCACCGUCUACGCGGAGCACCUUCCGGGCGACACCUCGCCAAACUACACCUCGCCGUGGGCCGGGUGCAACUUUUCUGGCAUCUCGGGCAGCGACAAGAACGCGCUCCGAUGGGACAAGCUGGGCUACGCGCACCUGAUGCGCCUGGCUGCCGAGCGCGGGCCCGAGGCGUACGUGAAGCGGACGCAUUCCGUCGAGUACUGGGACUCGGACGCGCCGCGAGACAAGAUCCGGGCCAUCUCCGAGUACCUUGAGGAUUUUCGCGUCAUCCCCGCCGACGAGCUCCCAUCGGGAGUCGAGUACGGCCUCUCCGCCACGACGGUGACCGUCAACGCGCCCAAGCACAUCGAGUACUUGUUCAGACGGCUGCGCGACCAGCACGGCGUGCGCUUCGUGCGGCGCAGGUUGGACUCGAUCGACGCGGCGUUUGCGAGCCCUGCGACGAGGGUCGUCUUCAACUGCACGGGCAAUGGGGCGCGCACGCUUCCCGGCGUCGAGGACAGCAAGUGCUUUCCCACGCGCGGGCAGGUCGUGCUGGUGCGCGCGCCGGCCGUCAAGAGCAACGUGAUGCGCCACGGGCGCGGGUACGAGACGUACAUCAUUCCGCGACCGUAUUCGAACGGCAACGCGAUUCUGGGCGGGUACAUGCAAAAGGGAGUCUUCGACGCGUCGACGUACGCGCACGAAAGCGAGUCCAUCGUCUCGCGCACGACGGGGUUGAGCAGCGAGCUGCGGGAGGGCGGGCUCGAGGUCCUCGCUGCGUUUGCGGGCAUGCGGCCGUCGCGGGAGGGCGGCACUCGCGUCGAGCGGGAGGAGAGGCGCGGUCGGGCCCUGGUGCACAAUUACGGCGCCGGAGGCACGGGGUUCCAGGCCGGCUAUGGGAUGGCACUUGACGCGGUUGAGGCCGCCGACGAUGUGCUGCGGCAGCUGAAGAGCGAUGGACCGCGAUCGCGGCUGUAA